CUCUGAGAACUUAUCCUGGACAGCCCCUAACAGGCUAUUACUUCUCUACAACUGAGAUAUGAUCAUCUUAGCUUACUUAUUUGUCCUGCUGUGGGAAGAGGCUCACGGAUGGGGAUUCAAGAAUGGAAUUUUUCAUAACUCCAUAUGGCUCGAGACAGAGCGAGAGAGAAAGGCAGAGGGAGAAGCAGGCUCCCAAGGAGCAGGGAGCCCGAUGCGGGACUCGAUCCCAGGACCCUGAGAUCAUGACCUGAGCCGAAGGCAGACGCUUAACCAUCUGAGCCACCCAGGCGCCCAGCAAUGACAUUUCUACUACUACUGGAUUCAUGUCUUGCUGCAUGCCAAGGAAUAUGUGUUCUCAUCGGAAAUGAUCUUAAUGGUGGCUGAUUGUACAGAACAAGCAGCAGGUGUGUACCACAGAGAAGCUCGGUCUGGCAAAUACAAGCUCACCUACGCAGAAGCCAAGGCGGUGUGCGAAUAUGAAGGCGGCCAGCUCGCCACCUACAAGCAACUAGAGGCAGCCAGAAAAAUUGGAUUUCAUGUCUGUGCUGCUGGGUGGAUGGCCAAAGGCAGAGUUGGAUACCCCAUUGUGAAACCAGGGCCCAACUGUGGAUUUGGAAAAACUGGUAUUAUUGAUUAUGGAGUCCGUCUUAAUAGGAGUGAAAGAUGGGAUGCCUAUUGCUACAACCCGCAUGCAAAGGAGUGUGGUGGUGUCUUUACAGAUCCAAAGCGAAUUUUUAAAUCUCCAGGCUUCCCAAAUGAGUACGAAGAUAACCAGAUCUGUUACUGGCACAUUAGACUCAAGUACGGUCAACGUAUUCACCUGAGCUUUUUGGACUUUGACCUUGAAGAUGACCCAGCUUGCUUGGCUGACUAUAUUGAAAUAUAUGACAGUUACGAUGAUGUCCAUGGUUUUGUGGGAAGAUACUGUGGGGAUGAGCUUCCAGAAGACAUCGUUAGUACAGGAAAUGUCAUGACCUUGAAGUUUCUAAGUGAUGCUUCAGUGACGGCAGGAGGUUUCCAAAUCAAGUAUGUUGCAGUGGAUCCUCUAUCCAAAUCCAGUCAAGGAAAAAACACGAGUACUACUUCUACUGGAAAUAAAAACUUCUUAGCUGGAAGAUUUAGCCAUUUAUAAAACAAAAAAAAAAGGACACUCAGUGUUUACAUUUUUAUCUUUUGGAACCCCUUAUUAAUAGCAUUUAUUUAUUUUCUAAAUGUGAAAGGCAAUACCUGAUACUCUGGGGAAAAUGGGAAAAUACAGAAAACUUCAAAUGAGAAAAUAAAAUCUCUCAUAAUCCCACUGCAUAAAAAUAACAAGCAUUAAUAUUUAUAUAUUUUUCUUUUAGUUAUUUUUCAAUUUGUGGUAUAUGUAUAUAUGUAUCUAUAUGUAUUUUGUAUUUGAAAUUUUGGAAUCCUGUUCCAUGUACAGUUUUAUAUCUUAGUUUUUUUUUUAACUUCGAACUUUAUGGCUUAAGCAUUUUCCCGUAUCAUUGAGUAUUCUGCAAACACAUAAUUUUGAACAGCUGUAAAAUAUUCCAUGGUAUGAUUGUUCCAUACUUUAUUUAUGCUUGUCUCUAUUGUGGGAAUUUUAAGUUGCUUUCAAAAAUAUUGCUGCAAUAAAUAUCCUUG